UGCCUACCUAGCUCUCAUUAGCAUCAUCCAGUGAGUCUGAAUUGAAGUGGACUGGUAGCUGGAGGUGCACUGUUCCUCUGGGUCAUCUUUGUUGGAAUUCAGUUAUUUUGGCCCAUUGUAGAGGGCAGUGUCGUCUCUUGCGCUGGGUGGGCAGUUUUCCGUGGGAUCUCCCCCCUCCUACCUACACCUCAUCCAGUGGGAUCUGGUUGAGUUACAACUUUCAUCAUAUUCUCCUUAGUUCCUUCUGAGGGAUUACCAUGGCUGUGCAGCAGAAUAGGCCGUGAGUGACAAUCCGCUGUCUUCCCGAUCGGUUUUAUUCAACUUUUUCAUUUUAUUUUGGUGGGAUACACAAAAGGUCAAUAUGCUGAAUCAGAGUGCGGUGAUGAUCUUCACCGGGAUCUGUGGGGCGUUGGUGGUCCUGGCUAUGGGCUACUACGUCUACUGGUCCGUAAUACUGAGUGAAGGGCCGUGCAGGAGGGGCUUAUAGAGAGGGAGUCCACCGUGGUCCUUAGUAGUGUGCAGAGGAGAGGAGGCUCCUCAGUAGCAGCAGCCAUGGGUCUGUUAGCCUAUCUGAAGACCCAGUUUGUUCUGCAGCUCCUCCUGGGCUUUGUGUUCGUGGUGAGCGGCCUCAUCAUCAACUUCAUCCAGCUCCUCACCUGUGUCCUGUGGCCCUUCAACAAGCAGCUCUACCGCAGGAUCAACACCAGGCUCUCCUACUCCCUCUGGAGCCAGCUGGUGAUGCUGCUAGAGUGGUGGUCGGGCACCGAAUGCACCCUUUAUACAGACCAGGCCACGGUGGAAAAGUUUGGCACGGAGCACGUCAUCAUCAUCCUCAACCACAACUACGAGAUUGACUUCCUCUGCGGCUGGACGAUGUGUGAGCGAUACGGAGUCCUAGGGAGUUCCAAGGUGCUGGCCAAACAUGAGCUGCUGAAAGUGCCUCUGAUUGGAUGGACCUGGUACUUUCUGGAAAUUGUGUUCUGUAAGAGGAAGUGGGAGGAGGACAGAGACACUGUGUUCAGAUGUCUGGACAGACUCAAAGACUACCCAGAGUUUAUGUGGUUCCUGCUGUACUGCGAAGGCACUCGCUUCACAGAGAAGAAACACCAGAUCAGUAUGGAAGUGGCAGAGAGUAAAGGCCUGCCCAAGCUCAAAUACCACCUGCUGCCCAGGACCAAAGGCUUCACCACAACACUGAAAUGCCUCAAGGGCACAGUGUCUGCCGUGUAUGAUGUCACACUGAAUUUCAAAGACCACCAAGUCCCCACUCUGUUGGGCAUAAUCAACGGCAAGAAAUACAUGGCAGAUAUGAGAAUCAGACGGUUCCCUGUAGAUGAGAUCCCAGAAGAUGAGAAGGAGUGUGCCAACUGGCUUCAUAAGCUUUACCAGGAGAAGGAUGCUCUGCAAGAACACUAUCAUAAAGAGGGCACUUUCCCAGGUCCUACCAUCACCCCUCCUCGCCGGUUGUGGACGCUACUUAACUUCUUGUUCUGGGCGACCCUGCUGCUCUCGCCCCUCAUAAACUUCGCCUGCGGUGUGGUGGUCAGUGGCUCCCCCCUCCUCAUCCUCGGCUUCAGCCUCUUCCUUAUCAUUGCCUCCAUAGCCAUCCGGCGCCUGAUCGGUGUCACCGAGAUAAAGAAGACGGGCUCCAGUUACGGCGACGAGGGGGCUAAGAAACAGAACUAGAACUCUCCCUCCCGACCGCGGUUGGUCGCUCUCGUACGGUCCUCCUGCGGUCCCCUUCCACCUAUUCUGUUGUCCUGAGGUGUGUGCGAGCAAGCACUCCGGGGACGGGGGGUCAAACCGAUUUACACCGGAGAUGGAUCUGGACGAUGAGGGAAGGAAGAAAGAGAAGGAGGGGUUUGACCAUGGGAGGAGUGUAGAGAGAAAGGAGACCAUCUGCAGCCAGCUCUAUGUGGGGUAGGAGAGGGCAGGACUGAGAACAGGAGGUACUGUUGUGGACUAUCCAACCCCGUCAACCCCCCCGCCACCUCGCACUCUUCGACUCCUUUGACCCUAGGAACCAAGCCUAUCAGCAGCUCUCCUUUCCAUAACUUUCUUUUGAAUCUAGUUUUUGAUUUGAGGUUGAGGUGUUACUUCAGUGUUCACCUUGUAACAUACAGUACAGUAUAUCUCCCCCUCGUUCUACCGAAAAGCCGGGCAGAGCUCUACAAUGCGACCAUUUUCCUCGCCUACGCGCCUAAAUAUGUUGCUGUCCGCCUAGAAAAAAAAAUUGUUGCAAUGAUUUCACUGUACCGCAGCCCCUGAGUGCCAUGGGGAAUACACCGAGCGCAAAUUCAUGACCGUUGUAAUUGCACCAUUACUACAAAGAAAACCGCUUGUUACCUCCAAAUAUUUUUCAUUGUGCUCCUUCUUUGUGUACUUUCUUCAACUUAGGCACACGUAUGCUCCCUGUACAAAAAGGUCAGUGUAGAGCCCUGCCAGGUUUCCACGUUGCUUUUUUACCUCUGAGCAAAAAAGGUGUUUAUUUCCACUGUGCUUCAUCUCUCUGUUGUGGGAACCAUUUUUAUUCAUGAGCAAAUAUAAUGGGGUGGUUCUAUGAUUCUACAAGUCUAUGCAUUCUUACCAAGACAGUCAGCUAGAGUUUGGCUGCUGUUGAAUAUUACUUAGGGACUUAUUUUUAACAGAGCUAUGUUCAACAGCAGAGAUGGGACUUCCAGUGUUUUAAAUACUGAGUCCGGGUUCUGUGUGUUAAGACUACAGCAAGGGCUCUGUAUUCAUUAACUUCAUGGUAACUUAUUAACAUUGCCAUGAUAUUCCACACCACUAUUCCAACGCCCCCGGGGUCUGACCCUAAUUAUUUUAUGUAUGUAGGUUUUUACAGCAUUCUCCAUUGCUUGCUCACCAGUAGAUAUCUGCACACAUAUUACCAUGCCAGUUCCCGAGUGAACUAUGAACUUGUUCUCCUGCCAUCUCUGCUCUGGUUUAAACAUGCUAAACCACCCCCGGUGUUAGUGUGACCUCUUAUAAUAACCUUAACCACCAAUUCCAGUCAGAACAGACAAUGAUAACCCCCAGCCACCCUUUAUAAUUGAAAUGCAGUACUUACUGAAUGAAUGAGUUUUUCUAAUGAAGCUGAGAGCUGCUGGUCUCACUGCCAACCCCUUCUCUCCUAAAACAGUGAUGGGGUUGGUAGUGGCAUUAGUGUACGGAAACCCAGCACUUACUACUGUCCACUUGUAACCUCAUUACUGGAAGGACAUUUGAUUCUGCUCUUCAGCUCUAGACUGUAGUAAUGUUUGCCUUAAUUCAAGUUUGCUUAGGCUAGGGUGAUUGUUUGAUUGGUUGCUAGGUUCCCUCCCCACCUCAUCUCUCCCUCCACUACAGUCUUCUAUUCAGACACACUCCACCAACCCUUCAUCCAUAAUGGUGCACUGUGGGUAGUUGAGUUCUCUCUGGGGUAGUACUGACAUGUUUAUGGGUUUAUUAUGCCAAGGUAUAUGUUGAGAUGCGAGGAUCAAUAGGAUCUUAUUAUCAGUAGCCACCUAUGAGUAACAUGAUGUUACUAAAGCUACUUUUGGGUCCUGAAUUGCACAGGAAGGAAUAGUUCUUAUUUUUUAUUCUCAUUUUAUUUUGCUGCAAUUCAUUGUACGGCACAGCGCCACCCUAGGCUCAGGCACUGCAACUGCAUUUGCUUUUAAAACAUGUUACAUUGUUUAUCUCUACACACUGGACAAUUAUUUACACUGAUGGUAGUCUUAAUGGUGACCCGCCACAUCUGUGGUCUGAGGGGUUGGUGUAUAGGGAGGCGGAUGACUCCUUUAUAACUAGGAUUGUCAGUGCAACAUGCAAACAUGAUAGCAACACGUCAUCACUAGUCUAAAGAACACCAUUCGGUUUCACCGUCACCAUCUUUUCUCCCUAUGUUGGUGUCUUUUGUCGUUCUUUUUUCCCCCUUUUUUUUCGUUAAAUGUUUUUUUUAACCAGGACAGAUUCAUGCAAGCCUUAACAGACAGAGUGCAGCUUCAUUGCAUUGUGUGUGUGUGUGAACUUAGACAACACUUCCUCAGUAGUAUUAGGUUUUGAUUGGCAAGUAGUGAGGGACACUGACUCAGUAAGAUUCACAUAAAUCUGCCCUCUGUUAAAAUGACGAGGAACUCGUGUUUUAUUUCACACUCCAGAAAAAAUGGGUUAGGGUUAGUUAAAGUAUAGCUAUUUGUAAAGCUGAAGAGAUGAGGGCCCCAUGAGAAUCUGCUCCUAGUUACAGUAAUAGUUAAGAGGGCCCCAUUUUAAUAAUACUUACUGUCCCGUGAUGCUUCUGUGUUCGAUACCUCUGUUACAACUCCUGUUACAUCUGUCAAUACAACUGUUACAGUAGCUUAGGAGAUAUAUGUUCUAAGUUUUGGGGAAUAAUGUUCUCAUCUCCAGUCUACUUCCCAUAACUCCAAACUACAGUACCACCUCUCCCUCAGGUAUCUAUCAGUCCAGCUCUGUGUAUAAGGUGUAUAUAUUUCAGUGCAACAGAACAUGCAGAGAAGUUAACCUGUGGGUUUUUACUUGGGGAAAAAAAUCCCACUAACUUUGAAUUUUUCUCAUUUUUGGUCAAGUUUUCGAAACUUAAGAAUUGGGUAACGUUAGAAAUACGACACUGAAAUCUGACCCUUUUUGGCUUAAAAGUUGAGUCAAGAUGUGCCACUUAUUUGUCCUUUUUCUAAAUAUCUGUUUAUUCAAUUAAACAAUUAAGAAUAUUAAAGGAUUUAAUCACA